AUGGAUAUCGUCCUUGCUUCUACGGCGGCGACAUGGCUGAUCAACAAGCUCCUGGACCGGCUCAGCGACUAUGCCAUCAAGAAGCUGCUGGGCUCCGAGGGCCUGGAAGCGGAGGCCAGCUCCCUCAGUUAUGCGCUGCAGCGAGCCAGGCUCGUCCUCGGCGCCGUACCCGCCGGUGCCGCCGCAGGGACGAAGAUUGGGAACGACCAGCUACUUCCGCAGAUCGACCGGGUGCAGCGGCUAGCCACCGAUUUGGCCAGGCACCUCGACGAGCUCGAGUACUACGACGUCAAGAAAAAGGUCAAGAAGAACCAGAAGAGCAGCAAUCCAUUAUCCAAAAUGAAUUUAUCCCUUACUGAAUCUGGGCAGUCAAAGCCGAAAUACAAUAGAACAGACAUAAAACAGAUUAGAGAUACUGUGGAACAUCUGCAUAGCAUUUGCAAUGAUGUUCACAAUGCUCUCUUGCUAGAUAAACUGGAUUCAAUUAAGAAAGCUGCUCAAGAUGCAAGUUCGGACAAACGUGAGACUGUGGAGAACUUUACCAAAAAUCCUAGAUAUGAGGUGAUCCCAGGGGAAGAAAUGAAAGAUAUUUUAAAACUAAUUAAUAGUGCUGCGUCGAGUGAUCAAGAACUUUUAGUUGUUCCAAUAGUUGGUGCUGGUGGUGUUGGGAAGACAACACUUGCUCAAUUGGUGUACGAAGAAGUAAAAGCACAAUUCGACAUGAUGUUCUGGAUCUAUGUAUCUGCUAACUUUGAUGAAGUUAAGCUUACACAAGAGAUUCUGGAACAAAUACCUGAAUGUGAGUUAAAAAAUACUAAGAAUCUCACUGUGCUUCAGCGUGGUAUCAACAAAUAUCUGACCAAAAGAUUUAUACUUGUGCUGGAUGACAUGUGGGAAGAGAGUGAGGGUCGUUGGGACAAGUUAUUGGCCCCGCUCAGAUCUACACAGGUUAAGGGUAACAUAAUCUUGGUAACUACUCGGAAAUUAUCGGUGGCUAGGAUAACUAGCAACAUAGAAGCACCCAUUAUCUUAGAUGGUAUGAAAGAAAAUGUAUUUUUUUCGUUCUUCAAAAGAUGCAUAUUUGGUGAUGGGGACUAUCAAGACCAAAGAAAGUUAAUGAGCAAAGGAGACCAAAGAAAGUUACUGAAUAUUGCUAAGACUAUAGCCACCAGAUUGAAAGGCAAUCCAUUAGCAGCAAAAAGUGUUGGUACACUUUUGAGGAGAAAUAUUGAUGAGGUUUAUUGGAGAAGAAUUCUAGAUAGUGAUGAGUGGAGGUUACAAGAAAGUAUUGAUGACAUUAUACCUGCACUAAAGCUCAGUUACAAUCAGCUUCCAUAUCGUCUUCAGCUACUCUUCAGUUACUGUGCAAUGUUUCCAAAGGGUUACAAUUUUGACAAAGGACAGUUGAUACGUACAUGGAUUGCUCUGGGAUUUGUCAUGAACGAGAGAAAGAAAUUGGAGGAUGAAGGAAGUGACUGUUUUGAAGAUUUGGUAGACCGAAGCUUCUUUCAGAGAUACGGAGAGUCACAGUAUUAUACUGUGCAUGAUUUAAUGCAUGAUGUUGCACAAGAAGUCUCCAUUAACAAAUGCCUUAUUAUUGAUGGAUCAGAUUUUCGAACAGUUCGGUCGUCCAUCUGUCACCUUAGCAUAUGGACUGAGCCGGUGUACAAUGAGCAGAGCAUAGAACGCAAUGAUGACUUUGAAGAGAAGUUAGAUGCUGUCCAGGAUAAUGUCUUGGGAAGCUUGGAGAGUUUAAUUCUCGCAGGUGUAUAUGAUGAGAACUAUUCUGCUAAGUUUGUGAAGACUCUUGAGCGAGCACGUUAUGUCCGGGUGCUCCAGUUAACAGCAAUGCCAUUCAAUUCUGACAUUUUACUAUCCAGUAUAAAAAGGUUAAUCCAUCUUCGCUACUUAGAGCUGAGGUGUACGUCGGAUAAGCCCAAAUCUUUGCCUGAGGCUAUAUGUAAGCUCUACCACCUACAAGUACUAGAUGUUCAAUAUUGGAGUGGUAUAAAUGAUUUGCCAAAGGAUAUGAGUAAUCUUGUGAAUCUACGCUAUCUGCUUGUUCCGGGGUCAGGAUCAUUGCACUCGAAGAUAUCAAGAGUUGGAGAACUUAAGUUUAUACAAGAACUGAAAGAAUUCCAGGUUCAAGAAGCCAAUGGCUUUGAGAUUUCACAGCUCGGGAACAUAAAUGAAAUCAGAGGAUCACUUAGUAUCCUCGGCCUUGAGACUGUCACAAAGAAGGGAGAUGCAACUCGUGCAAGGAUUAAAGAUAAAAAGCAUCUGAGGACACUUUUACUGACAUGGGGGAGUGCAAGCGGAAGUACUACUAGUGUCCAGAAAGAAGUGAUGGAGGGUCUUAAACCACAUGAAAAUCUUUCCCAUCUUCUUGUCUUCAAUUAUGCUGGUGCUACUCCAUCAUGGUUAGGAGACAAUUUCUCACUCAAAAAUUUAGAAAGCCUCCAUCUCCAGGAUUGUGCAGCAGUGAGGAUCCUACCACCAUUCGAGAAGAUGCCAUUCCUGAAGAAACUGUCCUUGGUUGGUCUGCCCUGUCUGAAAAAUCUCAGGAUUGACUUCAACUCUGCCGGUGAGGAGGAUGAGCUCGAGUUAACCGAAAUUGAAAUAUCCAAGUGUUCAGCUUUAACAUCCAUAAGACUACAUUCCUGCAAGGAGUUGACUAAGUUAAGCAUCAAUGAUUGUGAGGCACUAGCUUCCUUAGAGGGCUUGCCAUCUUCUGAACAACUGAAGCAGUAUGUUGUCCAUGGAUGCCCAAAACUUCCGUCAGGUUCCAUCCCAAACUGA